AUGGUGGCGCGACGCAACGAACUCGCACCGGCCGAGCGGCUCUCGUAUGUGAGCUCCACGACGGGCAUCAUCAAGGGCAGCGCCGACGAUGGCUUUGCCGAGUCCAAGACACCCGGCGAGCUCGAAGACGGCGCGCUUCGCAACGGUGACGCGCCCAUCUACACGUCGCCCGAGAUUCUCGCCCUCCUCUUCCAGUACGCGGCCAUCGGUGUCGUCUACGGCGGCAUGAACGGGAUGCAGUACCCGGUCUUGACCGGGUACUUUACGCUCCAAGGCAACGUGCUCAACUCGGCGACAGCGCUCAUGAGUCUUGGCUGGUCGCUCAAAGUCUUCUUUGGCAUGCUCUCGGACUGCGUCCCGAUCUUUGGCUACCACCGCAAGCCGUACAUCCUCAUCGGGUGGAUCCUCACGGCCGUGCUCCUCAUCAUCGUCGCACUCAAGCCUGCGGGCGAGCCGGCGCCGGACCCGGAGGCCGCCUCGAACGGGUCGACGCUCGCGCUUUUGUGUGCGGUCGCCUGCUUUUGCUACAUCAUGGCCGACGUGGCCCAGGACGCACUCGUGGUGUCGUACGCCCAGCGGGAGCCGCUCGCGCAUCGCGGCCGUCUCCAGUCGAUGAUCUACGCCGUGCGCACGGUCUUUAUGGCCAUCAUGUCGGCCAUCUCAGGCUUUUGCCUCAACUCGGAGCGCAUGGCGGGCUCGUACGACUGGGACAUUGGUGUCAACGGGUACUUUUGGAUCAUGGCGGCCACGUCGCUCCUGAACGUGCCGGUGGUAUGGUUCUUCCUCAAGGACGUCAAGGCGGAGACGCACAUCUCCGUGUCGACGUACCUCGAGCAGUUUUGGUCGCUCGCACAAAAGCGGGUCGUGUGGCAGGUCAUGAUCUUCAACUUUAUGUUUUCGCUCUUUACGUCGUACAUCUCGACGACCGCGUCGUCGUACGUGGCGCGCUACUGGGCCGGGGUCGAAAACCUCAACUCGUCGCUCAUCAGCAUCAUUUCCAACCUCAUCUUUGCCGCUGUCCUCAUCGUCACGGGCAAGUACGGCACGCACUGGAACUGGCGCUACGUGCUCAUCAUCACGACCCUCGCGACCAACGUCAUUGACGCGAUCGUUCAGUAUUGCACGAUUUUCGACGUGAUUCGCAACCAGUGGUUCUACCUCGGCGUACCGCUCUCGGAACAGCUCCCGGCCGGCAUCAACUUUGUCGUGGGCACGUUUGUGAUUGUCGAGCUCGCCGAAGAAGGCAGCGAAGGCAUCAUGUACGGUCUGUUGACGACGAUCACGAACCUCCCGGGCGUCUUUGGCCCGAUGAUUACGAACGUUAUUGACGCCAACUUUGACGUCCGCAGCGAAGACAUCAAGGGCGACCUCCCCUACACGCGCACGCAGGUCGCGUACACGUACAUCAUUGCGUACUCGGCGACGGUCAUUGGCUGCCUCUGGGUGUGCAUUUUGCCCAACCAAAAGGCGGCCGUCAUGGAGCUCAAGAAGCACGGCGGCAGCUACCCCAAGGUCGCAGCGUUCAUCUUUUACGCUUUCUUUGUUAUCCUCGCCACGUCCAUCACUGGCACGAUGACGUCCAUGUUUGACUCGACCAACUGCCUCAAGCUCGCGGGCGGGGACGGCUGCCCGGACGGCACGUCGCAGCUCUACUUGCUCGGCAUCUUUGUGCCCGCCGUCGUGGCGCUGAUUGCGAUUGCUUUCGUCUACAAGAAGUAUGCGUAAGCUGUCGUAGGCCG